GCGACAGCACAGUGGGUGUUGGAUCUCCUCCACUGCCCGCGAAUCUACGCCCACAGCCCACAGCCAUGAGUUGCUGGCCUCCAUCGCCCACAAGCGAUUGACAUGGUCGUACUUCUUCUUCUUCUUCCCUGCAAAUCAACCGGCACCCAAUUUUUCCCAUCGCCUAGCUAGCCACCUACCUCUGGGUGUGUGUGUGUCUGCAUGGAUAAAUCAUAAAUGGAUUGCUGGAUUCGAUGCUGUGGAUGAGCUUCCCCUCCCUCUAUCCGAUCCGUCAGGCCACCGCUCCCCUAGCUUCCUCCUAUCCACCGUCUCCUCCUACCUCACCUCAGCUAGCUAGCUCCACUAGAAACUAGUAGUAUCAAUUGCUAUUUCAGCUGGGCGACUCUCCCAAUCUCGGUCCAUUCCAUCUGAUCCUUGCCCGGUCGAUCGAUCGCGGGACGAAGAACAGCACGCAGAUCAUUCUGCACGUUGAUGCGUGCAAGAGGUCUGACUGCUGAAGAUAAAGAUGAAGAGCAGCAGUAAUCUCGAGGCCUUCCUCCAGGCCGCAACGCCCCUGCUCCCAUGGCGCUCCAGCACCAUGGAACGGUUCCAGGGCGCGCCCAGCAGCGUGUGGCAACAGCCGGACGGCAAGAACAAGGACGCCGUGGAGUACUUCGCCCUGUCCGACCUGUGGGAGCACUACGCCGAGAGCAGCGCCUACGGCCUGGCCGUGCCCGUCCGGGACGCCGGUGACCGUUCCGUGGUCACCACCAUGCACUUCGUCCCCUACCUCUCCGCCGUCCAGCUCUACACCGCCACAAAGCCCACCUCGCACACCCUCGGCGCCACCUCGAGGAGCACGGGAAGUGAGACGGAUUCGUGGAGUGACGACAGUGUGGGCGACCGGUUCGCCAGCUCCGGGUCCUCCUCGUGGGACGCGGCGUCAGAGGAAGACGAUUCUUCUUGCACCUAUGACGGCAACGGCUCCGCCGGCGUUUCCACGAAGCAGAGCGGGUACCUGAACUUUCAGUACAGGGAGUGGGAUUCGCCCUACGAGAGAGUGCCGCUGGCUCACAAGGUGGCGGAGCUGGCUCAAGAUUACCCGUGCUUGAUGUCCCUCAGCAGCGCGGAGCUCUCGCCGUCCAGUUGGAUGUCCGUGGCAUGGUACCCAAUAUAUCACAUCCCUGCUCAUGUCAACUUGAAGGGGUCCUCUGCCUGCUUCCUCACCUAUCAUUCCAUCUCAUCGGUCUUUCAAGACAACAUACACAACGGACCGGAGCACGACGAUGGUGAGAUCGCCGCGCUCUCGCCGUUCGGGCUGGCCACGUACCGGAUGCAAGGGGAUUUGUGGAGGAGGCCAGGGUCAUCGGACCCCAGGAGGCUGUCUGAGCUCCAUUGGGCGGCGUCCUCCUGGCUCAAGCAAGUCGGCGCGCACCAUCCUGACUUCACCUUCUUCACGUCGUCUCACCGUCGAUGACAUGACACCUUGUUGAUUCCGCGUGUGUUUCGGUGCAUUGCAUGGUGUGAAGAUAUGACACAAAGGAUUGCUUGUAGGAUUUGAUAGAACAACACGAAAUGGGUUUUUGUUCUUCCUCUUCUUUCUGAACUUGCAGGAAGAUACAGUAACUUGUUGAACCGGUCUGUGUGGAAUUGAGUGUCCAAGCGAAUGGCCUCUGUUUUCUUCACUGACGAGCAUGCAUCAUGGAGGUGCAGACAUAACGUUCUCAAGAAUUUGCAGUUCAUGAAAUGUGGCCUCAGGGGAUAUAGUUUGAGUGUAAUCCACCUACUUUUACAUCUUGGAUUCAAUGUACUUCACUGCCUUAUGACAUUCUUCGUUAUGCACCCUGCCUCCUAUUUGGAGUACAAAGAUGGAGGAGAAAUACAUGAUCUUUCGCGAU